AUGAUCUCUGCCUCCAGUGCUGCAAUUUGUGUUCUCUCGAUCAUCGUCGCCAUUGGCGCGGCCUUCACGAUCGUCAAGUGGCUGUUCAAGAAGGACGAACAGAUCGAGGAUCGUCGUCGGGCCGCCGCUGAGUUGGCCAACAAGCUCUCCGAAGUCGGCCUGGAGAAGCUACCCAGCUUCCUGGUCAGCUACUCGGUGGGCGACUACUCGCAGAUGUACUUCGACUUGAAAGAGGCCGCCAAGUUGGCCACCAGUGACCCGGCCGCCUUCAUGCGUCAGUUCGAGAAGGUGUUCGUGAACAUCCUCGACGCCAAGUUGAAGACCCCCGAAGGCCGCAUCCUCAUCGCCGCCAAGUUGCAGGAUGCUUCUGAUCCCAGCGAUUCGAAAGUGGUUCAGUCCGCUCAGAAGGCCCAGUCCACUGUGACUCCUCGGGUUGAUCAACCGUCACCCCGCAAACCGGCGACCCUUCAAGUCCUGGUGUUCACCGCAACCUGGUGCGGCCCCUGCCAACGGGACAAACCCGCCGUGGCGAGAUUGAACAACCGCGGUGUGUCUGUGACUUCGGUGGACGUGGAUCAACGUUCUGAUUUGGUCCGCAAGUAUCGAAUUCAAUCCAUCCCCACGUACGUGAUUCUGGAGAACGGUCGUGAGACGUAUCGAACCCAGCAAAAGCAGACCCAACGUGUGCUGGCCAUCAGUAUGGACAGCGAGGGUCACCGCUUGUGGAAACAUGUACUGCACGGUAGCGGGACCUGUGUGAACAUGAUCGAAGGGUACGUCGAUUUGGCGAUGCCCGGCGGAGUUCGCAACCACACCCUGAAGACCUCGACGAAGACGUUUCAGCUUCCGGAGGUUGAAGGCGUUAAUCCUGAACGGGUUGAAGUCACGGCUGUUUUCUGUGGACGCAAUGGAAAACCUGACCCCAAGACUGAACCCGUCGUGCUGAAGGCUUCUUGCGAAGAGAGUUGCGACCCCUCGAAGGGUCAGUGCCCUUGCGACGACGAAGCCAAGGCGAAGGCCGAAGCGGAAGCCAAGGCUGCGAAAGAAAAGGCCGAAGCGGAAGCCAAGGCAAAGGCCGAAGCGGAAGCCAAGGCGAAGGCCGAAGCGGAAGCCAAGGCUGCGAAAGAAAAGGCCGAAGCGGAAGCCAAGGCAAAGGCCGAAGCGGAAGCCAAGGCGAAGGCCGAAGCGGAAGCCAAGGCUGCGAAAGAAAAGGCCGAAGCGGAAGCCAAGGCAAAGGCCGACUCCAAGAAGCAGCCUUCCGCAGCGAGCGCGGUGGCCGAUGGCCUAUCCAACCGCACCCUGACCAGUUGCGUCCGCUGGGCCAACAAACGGCGGGUGAUGGGGGAACCGUUUCCCGGCCCUUACUCAUGGAGAAUGCACCCAUGGGUCAAGGAAAUGCACGAUUCAUGGGCACCCUUCAACUACGCCAUGAAGGGUGCCCAGCUUGGUGUUACUGAAGUCUGUAUCAACCGCGCGUUGUACACGAUCGACCGCCUCAAGCGGGACGUGCUGUAUGUGCUCCCUACGGGCGGUACGGCCACCGACUUCUCCAAGGCACGCUUCAACGGGGCCUUGGCCCUCAGCCCGUAUCUGAAGUCGAUUUUCAGUGACAUCAACUCAGUGGGACUCAAGCAGGCGGGGGCCAACACGCUCUACAUCCGCGGUUCCGGAGGUAAGAGCAACCUGGUGUCCAUUCCGGUUUCUGAACUGAUCCUCGACGAAGUGGAUCGGAUGGAACAGGAACAAAUCUGGCUGGCCCUGGAACGGCUGUCGGGGAACAUUGAGAAACAUGUGUGGGGUAUCUCCACACCAACGGUCCCUGAUCACGGGAUUCACAACCUUUACAACGGUUCGACUCAAGAGCACUUUGUCUUUGCCUGCCCCUGUUGUGGUCGGUUGAUUGAGCUUCGGUGGCCCGAUUCGUUUGAGUUGAUCGGCGAGUACGCGACCGAUCCACGCUGCAAGCAGUCGUAUCUGAAGUGCUACGAAUGCGGCGGCAAACUGGAGCAUGAGGACAAGCCGAACUUUCUGGCUAAGGCGUACUGGGAAUCGUUCGACAAGAACGCCAACCCGGAAGUUCGCGGCUUCUAUAUCAAUCAGCUUUACAGCUACACGGUGAACCCCGGUGAAAUCGCCACCGCCUACCUGCGUGGGCAAGGUGAUGAACUGGCGGCUAAGGAAUUCUUCAAUUCGAAGAUUGGGAUUCCCUGGAUCGCGAACGGUGCCAAAGUCACCGACGAGAUGCUCGACCUGUCGAUUGCGAGCCACUCGAAGGACGACCCGAGGCCGACGUCCUCGGGCCGCAUCAUCACGAUGGGCCUCGACCGUGGGCAAUGGAAUCAUUUCGAAAUCACCGAGUGGUUCUUUGAUUCGUGGUCGAUCGACAUCAAUGCCGACGCGCACGCUCGCGUGUUGUGCGAGGGAAAGUUUCACGAAGAAGACUUUGACCGCAUCGCGGAUGAACUGAUGCGGCAAUGGCAGGUCUUAGCCUGCGUGGUGGAUGCCGACCCCGGUCCGAUGGACGCUCGCCGCUUUGCGAGACGUUUUCCCGGGUUUGUGUGGCUCUGCCGUUACCGGGGUGGGCAAACCGGUAAGGAAAUCUCGAUCAGCGAAGAAGAGAACUACGCUCCGAUUGCUACGGUGGAUCGAUCGAGUUGGAUCAGCGCGGCACUGGGUCGCUUCAAGACGAACCCCACCCGCAUCGAGCUUCCUCACGAUGUCUCUGAGGAAUAUCGAAAUCAUAUGCAGGCGCUGGUCUCCACGUACGUGCGAGACGACGACGGCAACCCCCGUUUGGAAUACGUGAAAACGGGGACCCGGGCGGACCACUUCGCCCACGCCCGCACGUAUUCCGAGAUUGCGUUGCCACUGGUGGCAGCCCAAGAACUGAAUGACCAAGAUGAUUUCUACACCCGUCGUAGUCUGACGCCGAUCCCAGGGUUCGCCAAGAGCGCCAUCAACAACAUCCGCGACAGCAUCUUUCAGCGGAUGCGGGACAUUACCCGCAAUGGCGGGAGUGAUGCCUAUCGCCAGGCAAUCAGCGGGCUCUCCGGUGGGGUCGAUCGCCGGGGCUCUACGAUGAAUGCCUUCUUAGGCACCAAGGUGCUGCCUGAGUUGCUGGUCAUGGGACGCAUGGGUGUCUAUGUGGACAACUCGGUGAUCCAAGGUGUGACGCUGGCGGAUACCGGGCCGGCACAACCUUACAUCUACCCCUACGCAAUUGAUGACAUUUUGUCAUGGAGUUGCACCGACCCCGAGCAUCCUUCGCAAUUCAAGUCGAUCCUGCUUCGCGACCAUUGUUUGCAGUUUGAUGGCGUGACUGGAUUACCGGUCGAAACGUUCAAACGAUUUCGUCUGAUGUGGAUCGAUGACGAAAGCGGCAAUGUCAUGCUCCAGUUCUAUAACGAGAACGGAGUGAAAGUUGAUCGGGACGGGAAUGAACAACCAGAGCCCUACGAGUUGCGACUGAACCGCAUCCCGUUUGUGAUGCUCGACCUGGGUGACAGUUUGAUUAAGGAUGUCUGUGAACAUCAGAUCGCGCUGUUGAACCUGGAAUCGCAAGCCGUCUGGUACGCCCUGCAAUCCAACUUCCCCUUCUACGUAGAACAACGGGAUUUGAAGGCGGGUAAUUCCCACCUCAAGCCAUCGGCGAAUGCUGACGGGACUGCAACCACCGGUGGCCAAGGUGCCUCCGACAGCGAUAUCAAGGUUGGUACCACGCAUGGGCGCGGGUACGACAAAGGCGUUGAUCGGCCCGCAUUCAUUGCACCACCGGACCACCCCCUGCGAGUCUCAAUGGAUUUGCAGGAUCGCUAUGAGGCCCAGAUUCGCAAGCUGGUGAACCUGGCUGUGCAAACGCUGGCCUCCCGUGAAAGCGCCGAAAGCAAAGAGAUUGACAACCAGGGAUUGGAAUCGGGGCUGAGUUUCAUCGGACUGGUGCUGGAGAACGCGGAACGUCAGAUCGCGGAUUUCUGGGCCAGCUAUGAAUCGAUCAAACCCGAGCGACGAGAAAUCCCCACGAUCAAGUAUCCCGAUCGUUACUCGCUGAAGACCGAUUCUGACCGGAUCGAUGAGGCGGAACGACUCUCGAAUCUGAUCUUCAAGAUUCCUUCCCGCGAGGCCAAGAAGGAAAUCGCCAAGCAGAUCGUCGAGACGUUGUUGGGUGGUCGAGUGGAUUGGAGGCGGAUCGAUGAGAUCACCGCCGAGAUUCAAAACUCGGACUACUUGACCAGCGACCCCGACACAAUCAUCGCCGCCGUGGAGGCGGGGCUGUGCGGCGAGAAGACCGGCUCGAUUGCCUUGGGAUUCUCGGAUGGGGAAUACAAGCUCGCCCGACGCGAUCACUUGGCACGAGUGAUGCGUAUCGCUGAAGCUCAAAACACCCGAGGCGAAGAUUCCGGUGACCCAGCGGCUCGUGGCGUGGAUGACCUAUCGGCGGACCCUGCGGGGGCUGCGAAUGAAGAACGCGAAGCAGCCACCGAACCCAGUACCAACCCACAACAACGCCGACGACGCACCCGCGGACGCAACCGACGUCAACGUGUGAGUGUGCGAAACCUGUCCACCAGCGCCGAGAGCAUCUUCGUGGCUACGAACGAAGGCGGUGCGGCGACAGGCUUUGAACUUGCCCCGGGGGAUACCCUCGAUAUCGAGAUCGACAACUCAGGCAAGAUUUGGGCGAUUGCUCCCGACCUGGACUUGAAAAAGGGUCUGCAAAUCAAGUCCGCCGCCGGGAACACCGGUGUGGUGUACCUCGGUCGGUCCAAUGUGACGGCCAAUUCGAAUGCGCAGACGGGCGUACCAGGUCCUCCAGGACCCGGUGUGAUCAAUUGGCAGGGUCCCUGGGACAACGGGACCGAGUACGAUGUCAAUGAUGCGGUUUCGUAUCAAGGUGCCCAAGGCAUCCAAGGCAUCCAAGGUGUGCAGGGUGCGAAAGGUGACCAAGGCAUCCAAGGCAUCCAAGGCAUUCAGGGCAUCCAAGGCGCGAAGGGUGACCAAGGUGUUCAAGGUGUCCAAGGUGACCAGGGGGAGCAAGGUGAGCAAGGCCCCAUCGGCGAGCCCGGCCCUCCCGGAAUCAACUGGACCGGGGCCUGGAACAGUGGGACUUCUUACGAGGUACCCGACGCCGUCUCUCACAACGGUGCUUCCUACAUCGCCCUGAAUUCGAAUAGCAACUCGGAACCACCUUCCGCGAAUUGGGGACUGCUAGCCGCUCGUGGUGCUCAAGGUGUGGCGGGUGCCAAGGGUGAUACCGGCGAGCAAGGUGUGCAAGGUAUCCAAGGCGAGCAAGGACCAACCGGCGAGCAAGGCGAGCAAGGCGAGCAAGGUGAGCAAGGCAUCCAGGGUGAGCAAGGCAUCCAGGGUGAGCAAGGUGUCAAAGGUGACCAGGGUGACCCCGGCCCGACGGUAAACUGGACGGGAGCUUGGAAUAGCUCUACCGAAUACGAUCAAUACGAUGCCGUCAGCCAUGAAGGUUCAUCCUACAUGGCGAUUGCGGCCAACGACAAUUCGGAACCACCCUCAGGUGAUUGGGUCCUGAUGGCUGCCGCCGGUGCUGCUGGCGAAGAUGGCGACGACGGAAUUAGUAUCACCUGGCUCGGUGAUUGGGACAGCGAAACCGCUUACCUGGCCAACGACGCCGUUGCCCAUGACGGUUCAUCCUACAUUGCGGUUGCUCCGAAUACGGAUUCCGAACCGCCGUCGGCUGACUGGGAUUUACUCGCUGCUGAAGGCUCUCAAGGUGAAACAGGUGCCACAGGUGAUCCCGGCGUACAAGGUGAUCCCGGUGAGCCCGGUCUUAAUUGGACCGGUGCCUGGGAUAGUGAAACCAGCUACGAAAUUGAUGACGCCGUCAGUCACGAAGGCUCAUCGUAUGUUGCCACGUCGCAGCAUUCUAAUUCCGAGCCACCUUCCGCCAACUGGGAUUUGCUCGCCGCCGUAGGUGCGACGGGUGAGCAAGGUGAACAAGGUGAACAAGGCAUCCAAGGCAUCCAAGGUGAUCCGGGACCUGCCGGGUUGAACUGGUUGGGUGCCUGGAACAGCGGAACCAAUUACGAAAUCGAUGAUGCCGUUAGCCAUGACGGCUCGUCCUAUAUCGCUACGGCGGCGAAUUCUAAUUCAGAACCCCCGUCGGGAGAUUGGGAUUUACUUGCAGCCGAGGGCGCACAGGGUGCGACGGGUGAGCAAGGUGAAACGGGUGAACAAGGUGAGCAAGGUCCUGCCGGAUUGAACUGGUUGGGUACCUGGAAUAGUGGCACUUCCUACGAGAUCGAUGAUGCCGUUAGUCACGAAGGUUCGUCCUACAUUGCGACUUCAGCACACUCGAACUCCGAACCCCCUUCGGCCAACUGGGACCUGUUAGCAGCCCAAGGCGCGCAGGGAGAACAAGGCGUUCAGGGUGAGCAAGGUGUCCAAGGUGAGCAAGGCGAGCAAGGUGAGCAAGGCGAGCAAGGCGACCCGGGGUCGGAUGCGACUCGGAAUGCCAUUUUGAAUGGAGAGUUCAGCCUGUGGCAACUGGGGACCUCGGUGAACUUCACCGGUGCGCAAGCCAAUUACUUUUGCGAUGGCUGGCGUGCGGUGCUCAACGGUUCUCCGGAUGUGACCUUCAGUCGUGAAACAUUCACGCCUGGACAGACAGACGUCCCUGAUGAGCCGGUUCACUACAUGCGGAUGACGGUCAACUCGGCCCCUACAGGCGGGCCUUCGGAUUUCUUGGAAAUUCCGAUUGAGGGGGUUGAUCGAUUCGCCGGCCAAACUGUCACCUUUUCGUUUUACGCUCGUGCUGCGUCUGCCUUCCCACUGCACAGCACCCUGGUCCAUAACUUCGGUUCAGGGGGCUCGACGCAGGUGGGUGCCGCUGCCGGUCAAGACAAUAACGUUACCACCGAUUGGCAGCGGUUCACGUACACCGCCACGAUCAACAGUAUCAGUGGUAAGACGAUUGGGCCGGGAAGCUGGUUGUCGGUACGGUUGCUGCGAAUCACCGGUUCCAUGCCAACAUUGGAACUUGCCAAUGUUCAAUUGGAGCUUGGGGAUACAGCCACCCCGUUUGUGAAACCCCACCCCGGUGUGACCUUGGAACGGGCUCAACGUUACUACUGGUCAACCUUCCCGUUGGACACCGCACCGGCCUCGGAUACCGACAGCCUGGUAGGGGCCUUGGCGGCGUUUGGGGACAGCGCGAGCGGCUUUGGGCAUUACGUCAAUUUUCCGGUUCCGAUGCGGGCCAUUCCCUCGAUCACCACGUUCAAUCCCAUGGAAGCGGGCACCGGCUGGUGGUCGUCGGUGGAUAACGACCUGGAUCGACUGGUGGAUGUCCCCUCGAUCAGUGGAGUUGGAAUCUAUUUCGACGACUCUGACACGCCAAUUAUCAGCGAUAACUACAACCGCAAAUACAUCCACGUGGUUGCGGAUGCACGAUUGGGAUUCUGA